GGAAACUAGAGAGCGUGCUUCGCACUGGUUUUCUCUUUUUCUUUUUUUUUUUUUCUACACACACACAGAAAAAGAAAAGACCAUCAUCUCUCCUCCUCUUCUCUCUCACUCCUCAGAGAUAUAAAUAUUGACCAGUGUCCUGCUCUAGAGAGAGAGAGAGAGAGACUCGCCGCUUUUACUUUUAUUUUGUUUUGUUGGUCUGUGAAGGUAAAGCAGCAGUAAGCACAUAUAUCUCGAGCGGCACAAAGGGCAACGGCUAGUUUACUCGGCGUCGAAAGAGGAAGAAGAUCGAUGGAUUACGGAGACGAUCGUAGCGCAUCAUGGAAUUGGCAAGUUCAAAACUAUGACCACCAGCCCCACUCUACUGUCUCUGAUGUUACGAUGACGGAAGUUACAUUGAACCAAGAAGAUCACUCAUACAUGUUUGAUGAUCACUCCACCCCUGUCAAGGCCUGUACCGAGUUGGGUUAUCAUGUCACAACUGAUGAAACGACCAAGAAGCUGGAAGUGCAAAGUGAGACACGCUCUGCUGUAAAGAGGCGUCGGAUGUUACUUUUCGAUGAUCAGCCUAUGGAAACAUCCCUUUUCAGCAGUGAGAACUUCUCCUCGAUCUUAAAAUCAAGCGCUAGAGAGGAAACAUUUGAUGAGCUUUUGCCUGAAGGAUCUGAGCUCAUAGAAGGGUUUUCAGCGGACGCUUCUGCCUCAAGCUUGGACCUGGAUGGACUUGAUCUGUAUGCUGAAGAGUGGUACGCUGAUUGCUUAAAUGAUGCUGAGACUCCAAUCCUUCCUGAUGACUUAAGCUUUGGUUCCCCUGAUGUUCAAGUAGAUAUUUCAGAGUAUCUAAACGUGCCACCAGAACCAGAAGCAAGGGAAGUUAGGCGACCUAUGACUCGAUCUUCUCCAAAUGUUAUCUUCAAAGCAGGUAGAAAAUCAUUUACAAGGCCGGUUCCAAGACUACCAUCUUCAAUCAUUUAUCCAUUUGCAUUCAUCAAACCAUGUGGAGUUCAUGGCGACAUGACCCUCAAGGACAUCAACCAGAAAAUCCGAACACCAGCAGCAAAACCAAAGGAAGACAAAUUAGAGCCACCAGUGAUCCAAACUUCAGCAUUCUCUGGGAAACCCGUUGUUGGGAAGACUAAGAUCCGCACAGAAGGAGGCAAAGGAAGCAUCACAAUCAUGAGGACGAGAGGCUAAGCUAUAAGUUAAGAACUUUAAGUAGAAAGAGUUUAAGGUUUUUUCAUUUACUGCUAAAACUCUAUAAACCUUUUUGCCUUAUUCUCAGAGGCCCUUUAAAUCUUUAUUUACCGGAUACAGCUCCAGUGAAGGAGCUUUAGGUAAGUACAGCGGCUAAUACUCUUGUCAUGAAUCAUGUUCUUGUUUCGUUUUGGUAUCUGUGGUAAGAAAGUGAAAUCAAGGUGCUGUAAGCCAAUGUGUUAGGAUAUUUUUUGUUUGUAUAAAGUUCUUAAUCUAGCUAAAAACUGAAAUGCCAAAACUCA